AUGAAGAUCAUCAAAGUACUUGUUGGUGAUACUUUAGAGGAUGAUAUUACUCCAACCAGCCCUGAGGAGUAUUAUUUAGAGGGUAUCAGAGUUAAGAUCUCCUGUAACUAUACAGUAAUAGCAGAUAUUCUGCUGUGGUACAGACAGUACUCUGGAUCAGGCCUCCAAUUCCUUUAUAUAGUAACAACUAACAAUAAUCCAUAUAAGUAUAAACAGUCUCCAGGAUCAGCUCCCCAAUACCUUCUGCUCAUCCAGCACUACACUGGGACUGAACAUAGAGCUGUUGACUCUCUUGACUCUCGCUUCUCUGGUAAACUGAACAAAGAGAAGACCCGUGUGGAUCUGGAGAUCUCCUCUGUUGAAGAGACAAACUCUGCUAUGUACUACUGUGCUCUGAGGCCCACAAUCAAAGGUGGCAGUCAUGGUAAUGACAUUACUCCAACAUCAGAUAAGGUGUUUGGGUUGGAGGGUGAUGUCAUAAAACUGUCCUGUAACUACUCCUCUGCUAGUACUCUCCAGUGGUAUCAUCAGUACCCUGGAUCAUCUCCCAUCUUCCUCCUCCUCACUACAGUCUCCUCAAACCCCUCUGUAGUGAACGCUACUCCUCCAUACCAACGACAGUCUGUCGUUCUGAAUGAGAGAACCCUUGUGGAUCUGGAGGUCUCCUCUGAUGAAGUAUUAGACUCUACUCUGUACUACUGUGCCCUGGAGCCCAGAGUAAAAGGAAACCCAGACACACAGUACAAAACUCUAAACUGA